AGUAUAGAGAACUCACCUUUAAAGAAAAUGGAGGCAUCAACUUCGAAGAAACCAAGGAAAGAAGCCUUGAGUCCUAUUCAAAAAAGACAGUGCCUUAGACAGUAUGUUAUGAAACAUCCGAACAUAAUGAAAUCUCCAGAAUCACAGAGGAAAUGCAGGGAAAAGUUGCAAAAAGUAGCUCGUCACACCUUAGUGCUGCUGCUGAAACCAAUCGUGAGUAAUUACUUAAACCGACAGAAGUUUCAUCAAAUGUGUCUUGAAGAGAUGCCCUGGAGGUCUCAGAUGAAUAUCUAUGUGGCAGUUGCACACUACAACCUAUUUAAAAAGAAACUGGAAGAGCAGUGUAAUGUUGGAAUUUGUGGUUUGCAGCAUCUGGACAGUUACAGUACUUUGGAUCCUGAAAUAUUCUCAUUAAAUAAUUCUGGCACUGUAGUAGUGAGAGAAGCCGUAGAGAAUAACAUGAGAACACCGACUCCUCUUCUACUUAAAAAGUCAGGAAUGACCGAAAACCAAACUUAUAAAUCUUCUGAGCACAGCAUUGAACUGAGUGGAACAGAUACUCCUCAAACUCAAACAACAAACGAUACAGAAAUACCCAUCUCUCAUUCCCCCGAAGAAUACAACCAGCUUCUGUCAAAUACCAUUUUAUUGGAGCAUUUUACAAAAAUCUUUUUGCAUUUAAGAAGAGCAGUGGUUCUCGCUCACCGUGGUGGCUACUGGACAUUGCUUCAAAAUGCUUGUCGAGAACUUUGGAAUUAUACUCAAGAAUUACAGAUGAUUGCUAACCAUUCACAUUCCCAUAUGGAUGCAUUUCCCAUUACCGGGGGUUUUCUUACGAACACCAUCUGGUUGCCAUUUUACUUGGCAUCAGACAUGCUCAUCGAUAUGAUAACUGAACUACAAGCAAGCAGAUCUCUUAAGAUUGUGGAUCCUGAAGGAGACUUCUGCAUUCCCAGUUGUUUAGGAGGUAUUAUGGAUGAGAAUGGUGGUUCUAAUCUCCAUCUACAGUCUCCCCUGGAUGAUGUGAAUGUGGUUGACUUGCAAUGGAUAUGUAAUCUGAUUCUGAAAACAAUAGAAACGUUGUAUCACAUGAAGAAGUGGGGAGCACUGGUACACAUAGCUGUACAAUUCAACAUACUUACACAUGAGAGAUACACAGAACAAGUGAGUCCACUGCUGGUGUAUGCUCAGAGGCAGCUGCUGGAAAGGAUGCAACAGUUCACUGGUCCAGGCAGCUGUGAAUCUCAUUUCAUAAAGUAUCUGUCUGAUAAUGCACAUAAGGUGAAUUGCAGAAGCUACAUAGGACAGAAAUUACAGCUGCCUAUUUCCCAUUCUGCUAGUGAACUUAUUUUUCCUGGAUGCUUUUUCUAUCCUGAGAGGAAAAAAGAUUAUACAGACAGCAGUCAAGUAAAACGCCUAGUUUAUGUACCUCUUGAUGUGAAUGAUACACUGGAAUGUUUUAGAGAAACUCUACAAAAAUCUAAGUAUCACAGCAGAGCCCUGAGACACAGCAGAAAACUACUUUCAUUAUUUCUUGCACACACACAAGGAAUCCUUGAAAUAAACAAUCAGAGAGACCUCAAGGUUCAGGCUCUACAUGAACUUGGAAAUGUUCACAUUUAUGCUGGAAACAAAAGAGCUGCUUUUAAACAUUGGUGUCAAGCCCUUGAUGAAACACUCAACAUGGCUGAUGCUCUUAACAACUGGCAAGAGUUAGUUUUUAAAAAAAAUGCUACAGACUGCCUUGCAGUUGGAAGAUCAACUGAGAUUAGUCAGAAGUUUCUUUCUCAGGCUGGAGUUUGGGGAUGUUUACAUGCAGCAGUCUUAGUGGCUAAGAUCGCUCAGUAUAUAACAACAUCAAAGAUGAGAUUAAGAACUAAAUACUGCUAUUUUUCUGCUAUACUUUUUAAGGCCCUGUUUAGAGCUUCUCUUCCACAUCCGACAGCUGACUGUGACUUUGCAGAAUAUGAAACAAAUAUGCUUAUUCCUGGUAUUGACUUGUUCUCUGAUCGCUACAGAGCUGAUAUCGGUACUGUAGUUGCAAGUCUGAAUUUCCUUAUGUUUGAACUACAUUGUGCAAAACAGAAUUUAAUAAUUUUACCAUUGUUCACAUUAUACCAAUACAUCGUUUCUGAGAUAUGUAAGGACCCAGCUAAAUGUAUUGAAGGAAGAAUCUUCAAGAUUAAAGUACUUACAGACACAGGAUUUUUUACAGAGGCCUUUCAUGAAUUGUCUUUGCUUAACUCUGGAGAGAGAAUUCCAUGUAAAAUACCUGCAGGGUACAGAAAAAUUGAACAAAUGAAGGCCUUACAGAAAUUUGACUCCUCAAAGCCUCUUUUGACUGUUACAAAUUUACAGGUACUGGAAGACAUACUUAAUUGCAGUCUGUCUUUAACAAUGUUGCCACUGUGCAACCAACAAAUUGUGAAUAAAUUAACCUUAGCCAAAAUGCAUUUAAUCAUUUGCCUUUCUGCCACAAUAAAUAAUAUACCUGAAAAAGUGGAAAAACACAUCUAUUCUGUUGAUAACAACAGCUUGAAGGACCCAAGCAGAAUUACAGCAUCAAAUGUAAAAGUUGAUGCUGAUAGGAAUUCAAGACAACAGGAAAAAAGAGGCACAACGGUGCAGCUCGUUGACUGCAAAGAUGACUUAAAUAUGGCCACGCUGAAGGGGAUUUUAUUGACAGAAGUGGAAGAAAGUCUUAGCCAUCUUGUGCAGAACAUACAAGACAAAUAUGAGGGGGAGAUAUCUCAGUGUUCUGCUGAAGAUUUAGAGGCUCUUACUGAGGCCAGACUUCAGCUUGCUGCUAUUUCUCAGCAAAGGCAUCAAGCAGCUUUCACUGUUGCUAUGGCUUUCUCUGCUAUUCGACUUCUCCAAGAUGCAAAAAUUUUUAGGACGAAAGUGACACAUUUUCAAGCAGAAAAGGAUGAAAUGGAAUGUUUGGUUUCUUACGUUGAUGAUGCUCGACUGUCUCACAGUGUAACAGCUCAAGAUCACAUGAGUGUACAUCUGUGGCUGAAGUGUCGUACAAUGUUAGUGACUGCACUAGUAACACAGAUACAUGGCGUUGGUGAUAUGGAAGAAAAUUAUGUGGCUGAACGCCGAAGAGUGAUAGAAGAAGUAAUACUAGAGGCAGAAGCCUUUGGUGAUAUUGAGACUCAGGCUGAAAUGAUGGUGCAAGCUGCUACUCUUGACCUGCAAGAAAAACAUCCCAUGGCAGGCAUUAAACUUCUUUUGCAGAAUAUCAUCAGUUUACUCCAAGAGGAUCCAUUUAUUUCCCCUCCAGCUUCUUUGACUCUUGUGAAGAGCAUGCUUCUGCUGGCAGACAUACUAACACUGCAGACAGCAGAGGAUACAGAACAUGGCUCUUCUACAGUGGAAACGUUGAAUUUACUAACUUUGGCACAUGAGCUUACCCUUAAAGUGAUUUUUGUUUGUGGAGAACCCAUUGAACAUCAAAUUGAAGACAGUACAUUCACUUGCCUGGUCCUACCUACAAAAAAUAUCUACUUGCCACAUAUCAACUUGCUAGCCCAAGUCAAAAUGAGAAUCGGACACACAUUAGCUGAAAAAGUAGCCUGUACACCUGCAAGAGGAGAUCCACUGCAAUGGCUCUGUGCUCUCAAACACUUAAAAUCAGCACUGAAGCUUUGCAGAGCCUCUGCAACAAAAAAAUUAGAUAUGGAAGCUGAACUUCUUUUUCAGAUAGGUAAGGUGGAACGUCAGAUAACAAAAGCAGACAGUAACAAGUCAUCUGGAGCUGUUGAAACCCUUUUGGAAGCUAUAAAACUUAGCCAGCAACAUGACCAAAAAUUUGAGUUAAUAAGAAGAUCAUACCUUGAAAUAGCACUAUUAUAUUUGCAUUUUGCCACAAAUAAUGAGGAUGUGUCACAGACAGAUGAGAUGGUGCCUUCCAAAUCAAACACCUCUUCUGGGGAACGCUCUUUACCUGAGGAGGCUCUGAAAUCAGACGGCUACAAAGUCCAAGCCUGGAUUGCAGUAAGAGCAGCUACACAGGUCAGUGAAGCUGUGCUUGAUUCUCAGCUAUUAGUUGGAAUGAAGAGUGUUAAAGAACACAGCAUGAAGGAUGCAGUCCAACAGAAAAUCCCAGAGUUUGCUUCCAUGGAUAUUCUUGCUUCGUACAGAGAUUUCUUAUCUGCUGCCCCCAGCUCAGGACCUGGAUCAUUUUCUGCAAGAGAUGGACACCUUAGUUCUGUUUUUGACACAGGGAUUGUUCUACGCAUAGCAGAAAUGCAUUCCUUUCUUAAAAAGCAUUUGCCUGAAUAUUCAACGUGUUGCCUUGAGAAUUUCCCAGAAGAGCUACAUGCUGUUGAAUUGCCACUUGGUAGGCCAGAUGAUUCUUCAAAGCUUCUUGCUAGUUCCAGUGAUGGUAUUUCCGAGAGAACUAUCGAAGAACGAAAUUAUGCAGAGGAUCAGUGCAAAACCAAAAUCCUGUGCAAGCAGUGA